UCUAGUCUUCCUCGGUCGUCGCCGCGCCAGUCACGGUGAGGCGUUUGCGACGAGCGCGACGAGCAUCGUCGUUAUCGCCGCCGCCGCCGCAGGCCGCAGCAGCAGAGCGGGAACAACACGGCCGCGCAACAAUGGCGAUGGGCAAGGGGUUUCGCGUCUACGAGAAGCUGGACUCGCCCAAGCCGCACUCGGUCAUACUCGAGCAGCGGGCCCGCAAGGAGACGCUGCUCUUCGAAUCGCAGGCGAUCGCGGUCCUUUCCGCCGAGGAGCACGAGUUCCUGAAGCCCAAGUACACGAAGUUGCUGGACGCGUACGGAUGCCUGGGCGUCCUGCAGCUGAACGCGGGCGAGAACACUCUGCUCUACCUCGUACUGGUCACCGGAUGCUUCUCCGUCGGCAAGAUCGGCGAGUCGGAGGUGUUCCGAAUAACGCAGUCGAGCUUCGUGCCCCUGUUCUACAGCCAGGGGACGGAGGACCGCGUGUCCGAGGUCAGGAAGGUCCUCAACUCCGGGACAUUCUACUUUUCCUGGUCCGCCGGCCAGGAGUGGCUCGACAUCACCCUGAGCGCUCAGAGAAGAUGCAAAUCGACGACCACGGAUAACAGGUUCUUCUGGAAUCGGAUGUUGCACAUUCAUCUAUUGAGAUACGGCGUGGACACGAGUCAGUGGUUGUUGAAAGCCAUGUGCGGCAGCGUAGAGAUUAGAACUGUCUACGUUGGAACCAGACAGGCUCGAGCGGUGCUCAUGUCGAGAUUAAGCUGCGAACGUGCCGGCACUAGAUUCAAUGUUAGAGGAACCAAUGACGACGGACAUGUAGCAAAUUUCGUGGAAACGGAACAGGUGAUCUACAUAGACAACGAAGUGACGUCUUACGUUCAGACGAGGGGCUCGGUACCGCUGUUCUGGGAGCAGCCUGGUAUACAGGUUGGUUCCCACAAGGUGAAGAUUUCACGCGGCUUCGAGACCUCCGCGCCCGCCUUCGACAGGCACCUAGACAUGAUCAAGAAGCGGUACGGCCAGCAAGUUAUCGUCAACCUCCUCGGUUCCAGCCUGAUCGGCAGCAAGGAGGGGGAAGCGAUGUUGAGUCAAUUGUUUCAAACCCAUCACAGUAUGUCGGAACACAAGGAUGUGCCGCACGUCCUGUUCGAUUAUCAUCAAGAGUGUCGCGGCGGUAACAUGAAAAAUCUGUUGAAGCUGAAGGCAAAGGUCGAAAGGUACCUCGAGUCGUUCUCGCUGUUCUACGCGGCCGGCAAUACCGUAAUUCUCGAGCAGACCGGCACCAUCCGGACAAACUGUCUGGACUGUCUGGACCGGACAAACUGCGUGCAGACGUUCUUCGCGCUCGAGAUGCUGGCCAAACAGAUGGGCCUGUUGAAGCUGAUGGAGAAACAGCAGAUGGUCUCGAGAUUCGAGGAAGUGUUUCGUCAGAUGUGGAUCAACAACGGCAACGAGGUCAGCAAGAUAUACGCGGGAACCGGCGCCAUCCAGGGCAGUUCCAAGCUGAUGGACGGCGCGAGAUCGGCGGCCAGAACGAUACAGAAUAAUUUACUGGACUCCAACAAGCAGGAGGCGAUCGAUAUUCUAUUGUUAGGCUCGACGUUGAAUACAGAACUGGCCGACAGGGCACGUCUAUUGUUGCCAUCCAACAUGCUACACGCCGCGCCGAAUCUCUUGCGGGAGGUGUGCAAGCGCUAUAACGAGUACGUGGACACGAUGAAUCUCAGGGUGAGCAUCGGUACUUACAACGUUAACGGGGGCAAGCAUUUUAGAAGCGUAGUUUAUAAGGAUGUGUCCCUAGCCGACUGGUUAUUCGAUGGGCCGGGCAAAUCUUCGUCCUUGGUAUCUGUACAGCAGCAGGACAACGUUCCCGUGGAUAUAUUCGCGAUAGGAUUCGAAGAGAUCGUCGACUUGAACGCCAGUAAUAUCAUGGCCGCCAGCUCGGACAACGCCAAGGCUUGGGCGGACGAGCUGCAGAAGGUGCUGUGCAAGGACACGGAGUACGUCCUCGUGACGUAUCAGCAGCUGGUCGGCGUCUGCCUGUACCUAUUCAUACGACCCGUGCACGCGCCGUAUCUGCGGGACGUGGCGGUGGACUGCGUGAAAACGGGUUUGGGAGGCGCCACCGGGAACAAGGGCGCCGCGGCGAUCAGAUGCGUGCUGUACUCCACGUCCUUCUGCUUCGUGUGCGCUCACUUCGCCGCCGGUCAGUCCCAGGUGAACGAACGUAACGCCGACUACGCCGAGAUCACGAGGAAGAUAACGUUUCCCAUGGGUAGAACCCUCAACACUCACGACUACGUGUUUUGGUGCGGCGACUUCAACUAUAGGGUCGAUAUGGACAGAGACGACAUGAAGGAAUUGAUCAAGCAAAACGAAUUCGACCAAAUACUGCAAUACGACCAAUUGAGGGUUCAACAGGAACAAGGCAACGUCUUUAAGAACUUCCAGGAAGGACCAAUAACUUUCGCUCCUACGUACAAGUAUGAUCUGUUCUCGGAUGAUUACGACACCAGCGAGAAGUGUCGUACGCCCGCAUGGACGGACAGAGUUUUGUGGAAGCGUAGAAAGCAGAUACCCGAUAUUGACUCGCCUACAGAUUGGAAUUCAGGGAAGCUCGUUUAUUACGGUAAGGCGGAAUUGAAGCAGAGCGAUCAUCGACCAGUACUCGCGACGAUUGAUAUAGACGUGCACUGCGUCGAUUCCGAGAAGCGCGAGCGCGUGUUCAAGGAAGUGAUACAGGAUCUGGGUCCACCCGACGGCACGAUAAUAGUCAAGGCGGUGGAGGACGUCGAGGACAUGGACAGCGUGUUCGACAAUAAUCUUAUGUUCGCGCUGAUACAGGAUCUGUCUCACAUCGGCGAAGCGAUCUUGGUGCGUUACGUCGGCGAGACUAUCUGGGUGACGUUCAGGGACGGCCAGUGCGCCCUGGCCGCGGCGAAGAAGGGCAUGACGCAGGUGUGCGGUCAGACGUUGAAAUUAUCGCUGAAAUCGCCCGACUGGGUGGAGCAAAUCGAGAAGGAGAUCGAGAUCUGCAGCAACACCACCGUGGCCCAGUUCACGGCGGAUUCGCCAUUGAGAAGUCCCAUGCAACGAUUGGAACAGUUGGAGAUCGCCGAGCGGCCGUCGCCCAGCCGGGGCAGUCCGAACGGCGUAAUGCCACCGCCGAGACCAGCGCCACCGGGUCGACCCUCCCAGCCACCGAAGAGUCCCGCUCACGAGCGAAAGCAGGUACCGCGAGCCGGCGUCUUCAGUGUGAUCCCCAGCCAGUUUGCGCGUCCGGUGACGCCUCCGGUUGCGGAUGCAGUGGAGGAUGAUCGGCAAGACGAGAGACUGUCCCCGGACUCUGCCAUCUACGAGGAAAUACCCGACGGCUCGCCCAGCUAUCCUGUACCAAAUCGACCGCCGCCGCCGUUGCCGCGUAUGGACGGCGCUCAGGAACCACUGAGCAGACCACCGCCCAGCUCGGUGCCUCCCCCGUUGCCGCACAGACAAGCCCCGCCACCUCCGCAGCAUCCACCGCCGAGCUUACCCCCGACAAACGCUCCACCGCCCGUUCCAGCGAGAACCACCGGUGGGCCGCCUAUUCCAGCCAGGAAUCCUCACUAAAACAGGGACGCAAGUAGAUAGGAUGCAUAAAUGAGACGCAUAUCCUGUUAUAGGCCAGACUUCCGCCGUACGUUUUAGUAUUAAUCUAGUACGUGUGAUUAUUUAUGAGAUUAAACGACGAGACGACGGUAGUCGACGAGUCUUCACUUCCAAACUGACGAUGAGUUCUAGAUCCGCGUAGCGUAGUUAGGAGUCCCCCCCCCUGUAUCUGUUCUGUGAUUACUCUGAAAGUGAUUGGUAGUCGUCACGAAUCGGAAGUAAUUGCAAGUUAUUUUCGAUCUCCGAUCGCGCGUGCGUAAUUAAUUGUAGAUUUGUACUCGUAGAUCGUUCUUGAGCUUAUCGAACACCGUAUUUUGCGUUUCCACGUUGGUGAUAAUAUAAUCAUGUUGAUCUGUUCUCGCGCGAUGGCGCGUGGGAGCCCAUUGUUUUCGCUCCGGAUGUUUAAAGCGGCGCAAAUGGCUAUUGUUUCGAAAAUCUAAUCGAUUUAUAACUGUUGACGUGUUCUGUUUACACAGAAUUUAAAAUGUAUAUUCAGAGCCCGUUGAAAUCGUAAAAUUAUAUAUCACGAACACGUUAAUGUAAUCAUCAGAGUUUAAACGGCGAGAUACUUGCGGUAAUAAUGUUAUAGUUGUCACUGCUUGUAUUGUAUUUAAUAACUUAAGAUGUAAACUCUCAAUGUUAGAAUCACUUUUGAGGUUUAGGAGUCUCUUCGCGGCAUCUCAGUAGCGUAAAACUACCAAAAAAUAUACAACUACGGUAAGACGAGGAGCGAACUUAAUUUUACAACCAAUCGUGUGUACAGCAUGACGCGGCAGAGGGAAAAGAGGUAGACUCAAACACAACAGUAUUCUCACGGAUGUGAGGUAAGAUAUUUUCUUAUAAUUAUCCACCUGAAAUUCCCCUUUCUCGCACGCGGUGCUGAAGGUGGCUAAUUCAACUAAUUUAAGGUCAUCCUGUAAUUAUACGUUUCGUCUUACAUUUCUCUCUCUUUUUUCUCUUAUUUUAAAGUUCCUAUACUUUGCAUUCCAUUAAAAUUUGUGAAAUGUCCGUCCCCAUGGGUCCAACGCCCGCCUAUAUAUUUUUUUAAUCUUUAUUUUUAUUCUCCAGGGAACAUAGUAUCGCGUUUCCUAUUCUGCGUGAUACAGAUAUCCUGCGAUUUCGACCGUCACGUUAUUUAUGGAGUGAACAACGAAUGUGAAUUAAGUGAAGAAUGAAGUUCGUACACUCGCGUCAUAAUUUACGAGAAAAUAUGUAUGAUAUGGCAGUCAAGAUGCUAAUUUAUAGGUAUUUCCCAGCAAGGUAUCAUAGACGAAACGGUGCAACAUUGUGCUCAACACGAAGUGUUUCGACUGUAACAAUGUCGCACUGCUCGCUACACUGUAAAACUCUAACUACAAGCGUAUAAAAUGUCCUCGAUAUCCUCCCAACGUUUCAAAGAAGUUUACGUUUAACGUGAAUGUGCUCGUUUUUAAUAUAAAUGUGCAAUUAAAAAAUUUUUUAAUUCUCUAAAUUUCCGUUUCCUUUUUACUAAAAGAUAAAAAUGCUCGAGAUAAAAGCUGUUGUGUAACAAGUGUUAUAUUAUACUGCAGUUUUUAUUAUAUUAAAAUAAAUGACUAACAAGAAAAAAAAUCUGUAAACUGUGGCGAGAUAUUUUCAGAAACUAAGCCUUCCCAACUGUUUCAAAUAUCAUGCACGACGCGAUGUUGUCUUGCUGGGAAAUACCCAUUAUAAAUUGUAUAUACUCCUGUUUAACCCGCCCUUAAUUCUCAUCACUUCCAGUUCAGUUACGUAAAAGUGGCUCUAAUCGCGAGAAAGCGGACGUAAAUAUACGUGUAAAUUAAUAUAAUAAAGAUGGUGUAGAGCAAAUGUAAAGAAAAAAUUCUUUCCGAUGCACACUUAUAAUACAUGUACAAUACGGGUUUCGUCCUGCACCUCGGUAACGCGCACUUUUUCACGCUUGCGUGCGUAGUUGAUGCGUUUUAUCAAUUAGAUCGAUCCUCACCUGUACAAGAUGUAAAACAUUGGACAUGUGUAUAUAUGUAUUGAAUGGUCUAAUAAAGAGAUCAGUCGGGAACGGAAAAGCAAGUCGGCUC